AUGCAAGCAGACAGAGUUGUUGACAAGCUUCUGAUGGCCAGACAUUCAGACCCCUUUGCUGAUGCAAGUAAGGGUGAUGACCUGCUUCCUGCUGGGACUGAGGAUUAUAUCCAUAUAAGAAUUCAACAGAGAAACAGGAGGAAGACCCUCACUACUGUCCAGGGGAUCACUGAUGAUUACGAUAAAAAGAAACUAGUGAAGGCAUUCAAGAAGAAAUUUGCCUGCAAUGGUACUGUAAUUGAGCAUCCAGAAUAUGGAGAAGUAAUUCAGCUACAGGGUGACCAGCGCAAGAACAUAUGCCAGUUCCUCGUCGAGAUUGGACUGGCUAAGUACGACCAGCUGAAGGUUCAUGGGUUUUAA